UGUUGGAACAGAUCCGCUCUAAAGUGAAAGUUUUAAAAACAUCCAGCAGCUACGUCUUACCUCAGUUGAGUUUGACGUUCAGAAUAGUAAUUUCGACUUAUCAACUCCGAUCAUGGUGAAAACUUGCUGCUGUGGCUGGAGUCUACAAGUAGGUGUUCAGAUUAUUGGUGUCUUCGGCCUGGUCAUGUCAGCAUUCUCAAUUUACCGAGAAAGUUAUGCUAUUAAAGUUUAUAAGCAACUAGAGGAGAACACCGACGAACUCAGCCAAAAUUUGCCUUUCGACAAAAAGCACUUUCUUGCGAUGAUCAGACUGGGUUAUGUCAACCUCGUAUUUAAAGUCAUCUCUCUGCUGGUUAACCUAUUGCUUCUUGGAUCCACUGGCUCAGGUGACAAGCGUUUGGCAUAUCCUUGGGUUGCGUGGAGCAUAUUCCAGCUCUUUUUCGAUUUUGGAGUGAUCAUAUUUUUCAUUGGCGCCUUGAAAGGGUUUGCCGUCUUCUUACUUCUUUACGGCAUUGGAUGGUUCCUGUCGAUUUACUUCAUCGCGGUGGUGCGUUGGUAUAUUGAAGAACUUAAUGAACAAACAGAAAACGAUGGACCAGAGCCACCUGGUGGAGAGUCCACCAUUGAAUUCCAGUCAUCAUCAUUAGGUUUUCCUCGCUCUUCUGACAACCAGCGACCAAAGUCAAAUGGUAAUCACGUUUCCAUUGUUUUAAUGCUCCGUGGCCUUCGAAACCAAACUCGAUAG